AUGUGCUACUACGGCAGCUACUUUGGUGGCCUGGGCUAUGGCUAUGGCGGCCUAGGCUGUGGCUAUGGCUGUGGCUAUGGCUGUGGCUAUGGUUGUGGCUAUGGCUAUGGUGGCAAUGGUGGCUAUGGUUAUGGCUGUUGCCGCCCCCUGGGCUGUAGAAGAUACUGUUCCUAUGGUUUCUACUGA